AUGACCAUUCCUAGGGUAUCUACCAGAAACACCUUUCAUCAACUACCUCCCCUUAGAUCAUCAUCACUCCGCAAUUAUGCAACUUAUAAACGAUUUAACGAUAAUGGCUCAUCACGUUCAACUCAAUUCAAUUAUUUAAACCUCCUAACGAAUAGAAGAACACUUUACUUUGCCGGUGGAUGUCUUGGAUUCUAUGUUUACAACUUACAUGAAGCCCCUGUAACUCAUCGAUAUAGAUUCAUAUGGAUUCCAUAUUGGUUAGAAUCUAAAAUUGGGGAUUAUUCUUAUCGACAAAUCCUUUCACAAUAUCAAGAUCAAAUUAUACCUCAUUCGAAUCCAUUAUAUGCUAGAAUUGGGAAUAUCAUGAAUAAACUCUUGACGGUAGCGAUUGAACAUAAUGAUAAUGAAUCACAACGUCAACAUUUAAAAAAUCUUCAUUGGUCGAUAAAUAUCAUUAAAGUUGAUAAUGAUAAAUAUCCUCCAAAUGCUUUCAUAUUACCUAAUGGGAAGAUCUUUAUCUUUAGUUCGAUUCUUGAUAUUUGUAAGAAUGAUGAUGGUUUAGCUACUGUAUUAUCUCAUGAAUUAUCCCAUCAAUUGGCUCAUCAUUCAAGUGAACAAUUAUCAAAACAACCUUUUUAUAUCUUAUUAUCCACCAUACUUUAUUCGAUCACUGGGAUUUCAAGAAUUAAUGAUCUUUUAAUUAAAGGAGUUUUAGAAAUGCCAGCUUCAAGAGAAAUGGAAUCAGAAGCUGAUCGAAUUGGAUUGGAAUUAAUGGCAAAACUGUGUUUUAAUCUAACUGAAUCUGUUAAAUUUUGGGAACGUAUGCAUCAAGCUGAACAAAGUUUUAAUGGAAUGGGUGAUUCAAAAUUAUUACAAUUCUUUUCCACUCACCCUCAAACUGAAAAGAGAAUUCAUGAUAUUCAACAUUGGUUACCUGAAUUAGAACAUUUAAAGGAAUCAAGUGGAUGUUAUGAAUAUCAAUUUGGUAAAUUCUCUGAUUUUAGUAAGAAUUUCUUUAAUCGUUGA